CGCCGCCGCCUCUGCCUCUCCUCCUCUCCUACGGAGGCGAAGCCGGUGCUUCCUCCUGUCGGCGCCGCAGACCGCCCUGCCCGCCCCAGCCGGGGACCUGGGCAUGAAGCCCGGAGACCCGGGGACACUUGGCGGGGGCUCCUUCCAGUAACACUUGGCCUGAAGGGGCGUCGUGGCGGAGUUGCUCCUCCGCCUCUCGAUGCAAACACUAUGCGGAGAGCGGUCGGCUUCCCUGCGCUGUGCCUGCUUCUGCUUAGUCUUCACGCUGCAGGGUGCUUUUCAGGAAAUAAUGAUCACUUUUUGGCAAUUCAUCGGAAGAAGAGUGGAAAACCAGCGUUCAUUUAUCACCAUUCACAAGACGUUGAGAAGAGCCUGGAUAUAGCUCCACAAAAGAUACAUAAACAUCGCUACCAUUCCUCUUCCGAAACUCACAUAAGCAAACACCACCAAAUUGUUAAUUCAGCAUUUCCCAAACCUGCCUAUGACCCGUCUCUCAAUCUGUUGGCCAUGGCCGGUCAAGACCUUGAAGUGGAAAACCUGCCAAUCCCAGCAGCAAAUGUAAUUGUGGUGACCCUGCAAAUGGAUGUAAACCAGCUGAACAUAACUUUGCUCCGGAUAUUCCGCCAAGGAGUGGCCGCUGCUUUAGGACUCUUACCCCAGCAAGUGCACAUCAAUCGCCUCAUUGGAAAGAAGAACAGUGUGGAGCUAUUUGUGUCUCCCAUAAAUAGAAAAGCAGGAAUUUCUGACGCUCUGCCAUCUGAGGAAGUGCUGCGUUCACUUAAUAUCAAUGUUUUGCAUCAAAGUUUGUCCCAAUUUGGAAUUACAGAAGUCUCCCCUGAGAAAAAUGUUUUACAAGGACAGCAUGAAGCGGACAAAAUCUGGAGCAAAGAAGGAUUUUAUGCUGUUGUCAUCUUUCUCAGCAUCUUCAUUAUCAUAGUAACGUGUUUGAUGAUUCUUUACAGAUUAAAAGAAAAAUUUCAGCUCUCCUUGAGACAAGAUAAAGAGAAAAACCAGGAGAUCCACCUGUCGCCCAUUACGUUACAGCCAUCACAGGCUGAAGCAAAGGCAGCCACCAGCAUGGUCCAGCCUGAGCAGGCUCCGAAGAUACUGAACGUGGUCGUGGACCCUCAAGGCCAGUACACUCCUGAGAUCAGGGCCGCCACCUCUGUCUGCCCUUCUCCUUUCAAAAUGAAGCCCAUAGGCCUUCAGGAGAGACGAGGGUCCAACGUAUCUCUUACAUUGGACAUGAGUAGCUUGGGGAACGUUGAACCCUUUGUGACCAUACCAACCCCACGGGAGAAGGUAGCGAUGGAGUAUCUGCAGUCAGCCAGCCGAAUUCUCACAAGGUCACAGCUGAGAGACGUCGUGGCAAGUUCACAUUUACUCCAAAGUGAAUUUAUGGAAAUACCAAUGAACUUUGUGGAUCCCAAAGAAAUUGACAUUCCACGUCAUGGAACUAAAAAUCGCUAUAAGACCAUUUUGCCAAAUCCCCUCAGCAGAGUAUGUUUAAGACCAAAACAUGUAACUGAUUCUUUGAGCACCUACAUUAAUGCUAAUUAUAUUAGGGGCUACAGCGGCAAGGAGAAAGCGUUCAUCGCCACGCAGGGCCCCAUGAUCAACACCGUGAAUGACUUCUGGCAGAUGGUUUGGCAGGAAGACAGUCCCGUGAUCGUUAUGAUCACAAAACUCAAAGAAAAAAAUGAGAAAUGCGUGCUUUACUGGCCAGAAAAGAGAGGAAUAUAUGGGAAGGUGGAGGUUCUGGUUAUUAACGUAAAUGAAUGUGAUAACUACACCGUUCGAAACCUCGUCUUAAAGCAAGGAAGUCACACCCAGCACGUGAAGCAUUACUGGUACACCUCAUGGCCCGAUCACAAGACUCCAGACAGUGCCCAGCCCCUUCUGCAGCUCAUGCUGGAUGUGGAAGAAGACAGACUCGCUUCUGCAGGCAGAGGGCCUGUGGUUGUCCACUGCAGUGCAGGGAUAGGCAGGACGGGGUGUUUUAUUGCUACGUCCAUUGGCUGUCGACAGUUGAAGGAAGAAGGCGUUGUGGACGCUCUCAGCAUCGUCUGCCAGCUUCGUGUAGACAGGGGUGGAAUGGUCCAAACCAGUGAGCAGUAUGAAUUUGUGCAUCAUGCCCUGUGCCUGUACGAAAGCAGACUUUCAGCAGAAACGGUCCAGUGAUUCUCUGAAGACAUACCAAACCGUCGAUCUCUCGGGGUGAUUAAUUGAUUACCCACCUGAGGCUUCUGGAGGGAGCUUCCUGCAAUGGAAGGAAAGAGACGCCGGGACGUCAAGCUGGGGCAUGGAUUGUGGAAGGUGGCAACGCAUUAAAGAUUGCCAGCCUCUUGUGUAUAGGAAUGCAUUUGUAAGCAUCCCCUAAGUUGUUCUGAAGGUCCUGUGCUGAUGGAGGUAUGACACAGCGAAGGAGGAUUUUGUUUUGUCUGUAUUGACUAUCUGCUUCACAGAAUAUAUAUAUGAAAUAGUGAUAUAUGUCAUCAGAUGAUGACGGGAAGAGCUGCUGAAGAAAUUAUUAUUGUGUGUUUAGAUGCUUUAAUGUUUGCAAAAUCUGUCUUGUGAAUGGACUGUCAGCUGUUAAACUGUUCCUGUUUUAAGUGCUAAUUCCUUUCUCAGUUACCAGAAUCUUGCCGCUAAAGUUGCAAGUGAUUGAUAAUGGAUUUUUUUUAAAAAUAAGUCCCUGUUUUUGGAAAAAAAAAUCAAAAGCAGUAACUAUUUUAUAUGGAAAUGUGUCUUGAAAAUAUUACCUAGCAAAUGUGUAUUUAUCAGUACCUCCUAUCCAUCAAUUACAGAGCACAAUGGUUGUCAUUGGGUAUAAAUGUAUUUACUCUACUAUAGAGGUGAUUUCUGCUCCAGGACUCUAUCCACUGAAUUUCUACAUUGUGAAUCACUUUACUUUCAAAGGGAAAAACAAAUUUGUAGCAAAUGAUGUAUUAAGAAUUUUAAAUACUCGUCUCUCUUUUACUAAGAAAGACUUUUUGAAUAUGCUGUCUACCUGGAAUCUCUCUCCCAAUAAAAGGCAGAUGCCUUUGGGAAGGGUGUAACCUCUCCCAUUUCCAGAGGUUCUUCAAAAGGAUGCUGCCAUGGAUAUCCUUAAAUUCCUAAAGGAUUUAAUCCUCAAGAGACAAAUAAAGUUAAAAAAAAAACUACACUCAGCAAACACUAGAUGUUCUGCUCAGAUACACAUUUUUAAUGCAGCCAUGUUGACUUUGUUUCCUACUGCCAAUAAACUACUCUUAAUACUAAA